AUGCUUUUCUCUUUCUUUUGAGGUUCAAUCAUGAUAAAAAUCUGUCUUUUUCAAUUUGUAAUCUCUUUACUUGCUUUGAAAAAUAUUUUUGAAGAACGUAUAUUAACUGCUAUGGAAGAUUUCAUCAAAACAGGCUGUUAUUGUUUUGCUCAAAAAAAAGAGGACAAUUGUGGUUAUUUGCGAGAGGGAUGUGGGAGAAAAUGUCUCAGAAGGGGGAGGGAAAUUCAGGGAGUUUACAUCCCUCUCGCUUCAGUUCAGAGUCGGACGCCACGCGUUGGAGAGCAAGCAUUGUGACUACUACCAUGACCACGAGUGAAUCCACUUCCAUCUUUUCUCCAUCUCGCCCGCUAUCUCGGACACUGCCCGUCACGGACGAUAAGGUUUUACGGACCAGUGUAGAGUAUGACGGGGAAAUCAUCAUCUAUUUCGGAAGCCGCACUCAACCACACAGAGGUGUUUUCAUGCUUCAAGGGACAUGGGAGGAAAUGGAAGAAAUUAUCAAGUCUCUUGGUUUUAUGAGACUGACUGAUCCGUACAGAUUGGAGGGGACAGACAUUUACUUACAAGAGGUCUACCAGAAUCAAAUGGUGUUAGACAUUAGAAAACGGAGGCAUGGAAAAGACGCCAAUUAUCAUAUCCUCCAUCACACUCAUCAGGAACAAGGUCUUGGUGCGAUGGAUGUGAAAUCGACGACCCGUCUCAGUUUCAUCAUGAAUGUCUCACGCUUGGACCAGAUCUUUUCAAUCCACUCUUCCAAUCCUGGUNGAUGUGAAAUCGACGACCCGUCUCAGUUUCAUCAUGAAUGUCUCACGCUUGGACCAGAUCUUUUCAAUCCACUCUUCCAAUCCUGGUCGGAGUGGGUGAAUUUCAGGGGGAGGGAAAUUCAGGGAGUUUACGUACCUCUCGCUUCAGUUCAGAGUCGGACGCCACACGUUGGAGAGCAAGCAUCUGUGACUACCACCAUGACCACGAGUGAAUCCACUUCCAUCUUUUUCCCAUCUCGCCCGCUAUUUCGGACACUGACAGUCACGGACGAUAAGGUUUUACGGACCAGAGUAGAGUACGACGGGGAAAUCAUCAUCUAUUUCGGAAGCCGCACUCAACCCCACAGAGGUGUUUUCAUGAUUCAAGGGAUAUGGGAGGAAAUGGAAGAUAUUAUCAAGUCUCUUGGUUCUAUGAGACUGACUGAUCCGUGCAGAUUGGAGGGGACAGACAUUUACUUGCAAGAGAAGGUCUACCAGAAUCAAAUGGUGUUGGACAUUAGAAAACGGAGGCAUGGAAAAGAUGAGAAUUAUCAUAUCCUCCAUCACACCCAUCAGGGUGUGACGCUCAAGAUGUCGACAAUUCGAAGGAAUCUCAUAGCACUUUUUCCAAAAAUGCGGGACGUCAUCAAGGAACUUUUGAAUGCUUCCAUAACUUUGAAUACCGUGAAGGAUGUGCUAUUACGAAUGGUUACUGAUGACAGAACAAGGUCUUGGUGCGAUGGAUGUGAAAUCGACGACCCGUCUCAGUUUCAUCAUGAAUGUCUCACGCUUGGACCAGAUCUUUUCAAUCCACUCUUCCAAUCCUGGUCGGAGUGGGUGAAUUUCAGGGUGAUGUCCAGACUUGAAGAUAUAAAUAUUGAUGAACUGAUUCAGAGAGUGCAGGAGCAGAUGUGA